AUGAUGCAACUCACCACGUUAUUCGAAAUAUCCAAUAUUUCGGCUUUCAUCUCGGCCUUUUUUCAAUCACUUCACUGGCAUUUACCUGUUAUCCAUUUCCCAACCUUUGAUCCCGGAAACAUCUCAAAUCCGCUUUUGCUCGCCAUAUUCUUGUCUGGCGCAACAUAUACAACACCAUUGGAUGGUGCAACUUUAUCCCCUUGGAUCUUCGAUGUGGCGGAAGAGUAUAUUUUCCGCAAGAUUCUAAAUCUGACGACGACGCCAUCAUCGAAGGACCCUACGCAUAUUCUACCGACGGUUCAUCUAGUGCAAGCCGCUCUUAUCAUGGAAAUGCUCCAGUUUGGUCGUGAUGAUAUGCAGACGAGGCGUCGCAUUCGUAUAAUGCGACAUCCCUGCUUGGUGUCCACUAUUCGGUCGCUGGGGAUUUUUCAGCUGAAGCGGCGUACGGCACCUAAAGUCCAUGAUGAUCGGACGUGGAGGAUUCUAGUCGCCGAGGAAGUGUGCAUACGAAUCGCUUGCUGGGUGUUCUUAGCAGAUGGAUUCCUUACUGUCUGUUUUAAGAACCAUCCGGCGUUAUCCGUAUUUGAAAUGGAUUGUCAUUUGCCAUGGUGUGCCGAGCUAUGGGAAGCUGAAGAUGCCGAGUCUUUUGCUCGGAUUGCGGCUGGAAAAUCCACAGAACAUCCCAUACCACCUCUAAGAGACGUGGUUACUCAGCUGUUGGAAACUCCUGAACCAGGGAUCCCGAUUCCGUGGAGUCUUUCCCUAUCUGCCGAGAAUCUUUUGAUUCUCAUCUAUGCAAUGAGCUCCCUUGCCUUUCAGAUUAGGACAGGUCUCUUGAAAUUCCUCCCACUCGGCACAAUAAGCCGUGGCGCAAAGAACUGGAAACGAAUAUGGGACUCUGUGAUGGUUUCAAUAGACCAGAAGCAGUUCCUCCAUCUCGGCUACCCGAAACAUGCGGAAGAGCUGUGGUGGCUUCUAACGGCUACGUUGGAUAUUGCCAACCAACCAGGGGCAGGCCUUGCCUAUCUUAAUAACACGGCAACUGAUGAACUGGGCAACCUCAACGACUUUAUGCAACAUUUGAGCGGCGCAACUAGAUUACAACAGGAAUGA